CUGACCAGGUACCUGUUCUCAUCCGCGGCCUUGGACAAGAGAAUACCAAUCAUGCUGUUCUAGAAGACGCUUCCUGCACCCGGCGGCAAGCCCACAACGGCGAGUUCGCCAUGGAUUAUGAGAUACCCCGCAGCUUCGGUUGGAGCAACGCGAGCGAGUCUGGCGCUGCUGCUGGUCUGAUGGCAUAAUCUGGACUGGCCCCGGCUAGCGUCAGCUGCGAUAUCAUGCUCUUAAUGUCGCUCACGACUCUCUCGCUGCUGGCACUGGCGUCUCGGUCCGGCCUUGAUGUGAUAAUCUCCAAACACUUGCGUCCUUAUUUGCGCCUGGAUCCAACGGGCAUACCAGAACGGUGGACCUGGAAUGCUCACAAGUUGCUCAAUCUCGGUCACGACUAUCGGACCAAGCGCGUCGCGUUCCCAGACGCAACGCAACCUUUAACGCCGCUGGCUCAGCCCAUGGAUGCUGAGCAGCAACUUCGUGGUGCUAUGCUUGACUUUGCAGGGGGGGAAAUUCGACCAACUAGGUUGUUGACGAAGUGCGGGAUAGUGCAGAGGUUCGAGGAAGCUGGGAUGAUUGCACGAGGACUAUCUACGUGUGGUGGUGGUGUACUCAUGACAGAAAAACUGUACGAUUUGGACAACGUCGACAAGUUGAUGAAUUGCUGUGACUACCUUUCCCUUCGUUCCUGCCUUGAACGCGCAGUGUUAUCAUGGUCCAUGAAACCCGUACUUUUGCCCGUUUGUGCAGUACUGCUUUGA